ACGUCAUAUAGUUACGUAGUCACAGAGCGACGGUCGAUGUAACACGAGGAUGUGUUACUCUACGUUAAAGUAUUAGGAAGUAUUUCAGCGAGUAUUUUGUAAAGUAAAGUACUCAGACUCAGUGAUCUAGCCGGACAGACCGAGGCGAAUCAGACAUGGCUGACUUUCCUUCGCUGGGUCUGUCAGACUGGCUGGUUAAACAGUGCAAACAGCUGGGCAUCAACAAACCCACGCCUGUGCAGGAGAACUGCAUGCCGGCGAUACUGCAAGGUCGGGACUGUAUGGGCUGUGCUAAGACAGGAAGUGGGAAGACGGCAGCGUUUGUGCUGCCAGUGCUGCAGAAACUGUCAGAGGACCCGUACGGCAUCUUCUGCUUGGUGCUCACUCCAACCAGGGAGCUGGCCUAUCAGAUCGCAGAGCAGUUUCGAGUCCUGGGGAAGCCUCUGGGUCUGAAAGACUGCAUCAUUGUCGGUGGAAUGGACAUGGUAAGCCAGGCCCUGGAGCUGUCCAACCAACCACAUGUGGUCGUAGCGACGCCGGGACGGCUGGCUGAUCACAUCCGCAGCUCCAACACCUUCAGCAUGAGUAAGAUCCAGUUUCUGAUUAUGGAUGAGGCGGACCGGCUGCUGGAGCAGGGUUGCACUGACUUCACCAAAGACCUGGAGACCAUCAUGGGGAUUUUACCGGCUAAGCGGCAGACGCUGCUGUUUAGCGCCACACUCACGGACACCCUACAGGAGUUGAAGAACAUUGCCAUGAACCAACCUUUCUUUUGGGAGAGCAAGUCAGAGACACGAACGGUGGAGGAGCUGGACCAGAGAUACAUCCUCACUCCAGAGAAGGUGAAGGACGCUUACCUGGUCCACCUGAUCCAGACGUUUACUGACGAGCAUGACGACUGGUCUAUCAUCAUCUUCACUAACACAUGCAAGAACUGCCAAAUUCUCACCAUGAUGCUGCGUGAAUUUAACUUUCCAACCAUCUCUCUGCACUCCAUGAUGAAACAGAAACAACGAUUUGCAAACCUCGCCAAGUUCAAGGCCAGCGUCUUCAAAAUCCUGAUUGCAACAGAUGUGGCUGCCAGAGGUUUGGAUAUUCCAACUGUCCAGGUCGUCAUCAACCACAACACCCCUGGCCUUCCCAAGAUCUACAUUCACAGAGUCGGACGAACUGCAAGAGCAGGGAGGAACGGCGUGUCCAUCACUCUGGUGACACAGUACGACAUCCACCUGGUCCACUCCAUCGAGGAGCAGAUUCAGACGAAGCUGAAGGAAUAUCCUGUGGUGGAGAAAGACGUCCUGAAGAUCCUCACCCAGGUCAACGUGACCAGACGGGAGUGUGAAAUAAAACUGGAGUCGACAGACUUUGAUGAGAAAAAGGAGAUCAACAAGAGGAAACAGCUGAUCUUGGAGGGGAAGGAUCCAGAUCUGGAGGCUAAGAGGAAGGCUGAGCUGGAGAAGAUCAGGAGCCAGAAGAAGAAGUUCAAACAGAGAAUCCAGGAGGACAUUCAGAGACAGAAACACGGACAGCUGAAAAAGAAACUGAGGAAGAGGAAACAGUUGAAAAAGAAAAAGGCGGCACAGGCAACAGUGUGAAAACUGCUGUGACCCAUGUGUGUGUAUAUACUACAAGUUUUAUUACUGUACAAUAUUUAAUAUUUUCACAUCUGUGAGCAUCUACAAAGAAUGUGCUGAAUUUCAUACCAUAAAAACAAUUGCUCAAGUUGACAGCCUUUAUUGAUUCAGUUUAACAAGAGAACCACCAUGUUGUGAUGACACUUCACUGCAAAUAAGACUCAUCGUUUCAAAUAGGUAUUUACAUCACACUGAGCUCUCUAGUCCGUUUACUUAAACUCUGCCUGCUGACGUAGAGAAUCAAAAGGUUUGGAUGCAAAUGUUUUAACAACUAAUCUACAACUGAAUCACUUCUUCAAUGAUCACUGCACAUGUCGAAAUUCAUUGUGGCUCAGAAGAUGGAAAAACACCAAAGCAAUACAAUAAUAUUACGGCAGCGGGUUCUUAAAGCUAUAACAUGUUAGGAUUUCAGUGGAACGGGUUGAUGUGUGAAACUAAUUCAUCGCACAAAUGAAAGAUUCGCACAAUGUCAAGAAAACAGAACUAUUUCUAAGUCAAACAUGGCAACGUCUACUCACAACAUGAUUGUCACAUGACUGCUGAAAGGAGAAGCAGGUGAGAAACAACAGUGAAGUACAUUCUUAAUGUGCUCAAAAAGCGUCUUUCCUGGAAGAGUAAAAAAAAAAAGAAUCCCCAGGCAGUUU